AUGCACAACGAAAGCGAAACGCCACUUGCCGCUCUUAUCGAACAAAUCGGUGGAGAAAGCCAAUUCAAUUUCUUGAUCAGGACGUUCAGUGAAAGCGUCUUGCAAGAUAAUGAAUUGGAAGUUGCCUUCAAGGGCAUGAAUGAUGCUGAAGCUCUUACUGAUCACAUGGCCAACCUCAUCAAGAGAGUCUUCGGAUACAAAUGCAAGUCCAGUAUGACCAACAGUACCAUCCGCGGCCAGAUUAUCUUGAGAAACUACGCUCUCUUCGACCUUGAACUACGCCGUAGUCACUUGCGCAAGUUGCAACUUCACUUUGAAGCUGCCAUGCGGGACUCCAUGGUCGAAGGGGAUGUCUUUGAACACUGCAGGGAUCGUUUCCAUGACCUUUGUAAGAUUUUCGACUCACGGAGUAGAGGUCUUCAAAAAAGCUCUCCUUCCAUUAUGUCGAUCAAUGACCCAGCAAGCAUCAUGAUUCGAGCUGCCUCCGACGAACGUUUGAAAGGAGGCCUCAAUGAUCCAGCAAGAAAAAAGAUGGUUCGACCUGUCUCCAACGACCGUUUCAAAGGUCUUCUUCAACAACGAAGCUCUUCUUCCACGUCGAUCCUCAAUGAUCCAGCAAAGAUCAUGAUGGGUCGAACUGCCUCUAACGAGCUUUUGAAAGGCCUUCAACGCACCAGCCCUUCUUCCAGGUCGACCCUCGAUGAUCGAGCAAAGCUCCUGAUGGCUCGAGCUGCCUCCAACCGACAUUUGCUCCCCAAUGCUGCAUAA